AUGCAAGGAUUUGGUGCCAAGAAAUACGAUCUACCGGCUCCUUAUGGACUCAAGCCUAGAAAGGGCAAGAAGCAUCUUAAGAAAAUGGAUAAGCUGGCAAAGAACUACUUCACUACUCCGCAGAGAAAGCUUAUCGGAUAUUUGCUUCUUUUGAUUCUGGCCGCUUUGUUAAUACUGCAAGUUGUGCGUAUUGUGAAGCCAAAUAACGCUGAUGUUGCAUAUGAGCUAGAUGGUGAUACUGGUGAUUCUGGUGCUGUUGGAAUCGAUGAGAAUCGUCAAGUGCUAAAAGAAGAUAUCCCGGUGGUUCAAGAAAAGAAGAAUGUAGUUAAUCUUGAUGCCUUGGUUUUCGACGAAGCCGAAUUGGUCAAAGCUGCCGAAAAGCUCAACAGCAAGAACAGCAACUGA